AUGUGGGUGGCAAAUCGGUGGGGGAUGCCACAGCGCUGGAUGCGCGAGGCGGUGCGUGCGCUGCACACAUCGUCUGCGCGAGCGCUCUCAUCGCCUGCGUCUGUGUCGCGUCUCGAGAUGCUGCGACAGCGACUGGCGGAGGAGGACGCAGCGUCCUUAGACGAGUUUGCCGGCAUGCCGGCUCCUGCGCCGCGUGUCCGCAUGGGCCGCGUAGGUGACGAGCGUCUACCGUCGUAUACCAAGACGCGCAUUCCGAAGGGUGCGAACUUUUCGCGUAUCAAGCGCGAUCUGCGUGGCUUGGGCCUCGCUACGGUCUGUGAGGAGGCGCGGUGCCCCAACAUUGGCGAGUGCUGGGGUGGUGAAGGCGGGAAGGAGGCCGCUACCGCGACGAUCAUGCUGAUGGGCGAUACAUGCACACGUGCGUGCCGCUUCUGCUCCGUCAAGACGUCGCGACAACCCGCGGCGCUGGACCCGCAUGAGCCAGAGAACACGGCCGAGGCCAUUUCGCGGUGGGGUCUCGGCUACAUUGUGCUUACGUCGGUCGACCGUGACGACCUCGCCGACGGUGGUGCGGCGCACAUUGCGCUUACGAUCCAAAAAAUCAAGCAAAAGGCGCGCACGAUGCUGGUCGAGGCCCUCGUGCCUGACUUUAGCGGCUCGCAGGCCUGUGUGGAGCAAGUCGCGCUCAGUGGCCUGGAUGUGUAUGCCCACAACAUCGAGACGGUCGAGCGCACGACGCCCUUUGUACGUGACCGCCGCGCCAAGUACCGCCAGAGUCUCGCGACACUGCAGCACGCCAAGACCGUGCGCCCCGAUCUCGUGACCAAAACCAGCAUCAUGCUGGGCUGUGGCGAGACGGACGCGGAAGUCGAGCAGACCCUGCGUGAUCUGCGCAGCGCCAACGUCGAUGUCGUGACAUUUGGCCAGUACAUGCGUCCUACCAAGCGGCACAUGAAAGUGUCUGAGUACGUCGAGCCGGAGAAAUUUGCGCAGUGGCAAGCGACCGCCGAAGAGAUGGGCUUUUUGUACGUGGCGAGUGGCCCGCUCGUCCGCAGCAGCUACCGUGCUGGUGAACUGUUCAUCGAGAAUGUCAUUCGCAAGCGCCGCGGUGUCGGCACACCCGUCGACACCAAGACGGUGCAGGCGUUACGCGGUAGCGACGCGUUUGGUGACCGGCCGUAG